AUCCCUGACUUCACAGUUCUAUUGAAAAUUUGUGUCGACGAAGUGAUAAUGUUGAAUCUGCACUGUUUUGUAUUUCUUGUGGCAGUUGCCUCGAUUAUUAACUAUGUGUCAACUUGUACGCUGUCGGUUUUAGGAAUCUCGCCUUUAUUCACGCAAACAUUUGGCUCGAGGACUAUAGCAUUCAAAGCGCGUGAAGAUAAAGUGUAUUUUGAAGAUUCAGUUAAAGCAUAUUGUAGUAAUGGAGAACUGAUAGUUGAAAGCCAGACGAACAAUUACGACAGCUAUUACUAUCCUUUACAACCUGGAAUAUAUAAUACAUUUGAGUUCCAUUGCUUUAACAAUAUGAUUGACAUUAAUGAUGUUGAACAUAUAAACGUAAGAGUUUCAUGCUCAAACGAAAUAAAACUCAAACUUUAUGAGAGCAGUGCAGUUCUACCAAAAUGUGGUGGGUUCAACAAUUACGCAAUCGGUUUUAACCAUGUUGAUCUGGGCGAGGUGAUCAAGGCUGGCAUCUGUUACGAUCUGGACGCACUAUCGCUGAAAUUCGCCAUGUAUGUCGCCUCUUCGAAGAAUGUCUUAAUAUCCAAAAAGAACCAUAACUCCGGAGUGUUGCCUGUAAGCCUCGAUUUCGAUCUGAAAACCAACGAUUUAAACAAUUUCUUUGAUCUUAUAAAAAAGGACUCAUUGGAUAGCGCUUUGGCAAACCAAUUUCAAGUCGACAACUUAAUACAAGACAAAUCAAUAAGCAUAGAACUGCAACAUUGGGACACAUUUAAUACCAUAUGGUGGCGUCAAUUACGCGAGGAGAAUUGGCGCUACUUCCUCGAAGCGCUUGGCCAACGAACGAAAUCUGCCCAAAGAUCGUACGUAGUGAGUGUGGGCACUUAUGGCAACAUCACCAUGCCAUCGGCUACGAAUAAUUGCACUUCAUCAAAACCGAAUUUACUAACCGUCAAAACUAGUGACACAGAGGUUUUGGUACCGGCAUAUAUGUGGGCCUACGUGAAAUCCCUUGCCGCCGAUGAUAAGGAAGAGUUUGUUGUCAUCGGACAUAAUUCGCCUUAUGCUGAAGACCCCGAGCAUAAUCCAUUCUGCGCUGUUGAUAUGUGCGACGAAAUUGAGUGGUUGAAGGAAAGCAAAUUCGGCUACUUGCGACGCCUACCAACGCUUGGUUACACUUUCUGCUGUCCCCCAGACGAGGUCGCCAAUAUUAUCGAUUAUAUUCCCUUACAUGUUACGGCUGAUGGUGAAACUACAGUGAAGAAUACAGAAGGAUACUAUGAUGUUAUUCGAUCGAACAAUAAUUAAAACUAAUAACUAAAAAAUGUACUCAUUUUACUAAAAUAAAUAGAAUUUUAUUCCAAUACUCGUUACAUUUGUAUACAGAAGUAUGAAAGUAUUAUUAUUGCAACUGUAAACCUUGUCUAUGUAUUGCCUAUGUCCCGCCAGUGAAAUCCAUGAAUUGAAAACCACUUUCCAACUAGUUUGACUCUCUGACCCGACUAGACAGUUUUCUGGAAAUAAUACACUAUAGCAAGAUUGCAAAAAUUAAUUUCGAAAAGAGUGCUUCGUUUGGAAUAACUCUCCUUAGAAGCGAGUUUCCUCACAGAGCUGAUUAAAGCAGUGGCUCAACAUACACUACCUCGAUUCUUUAAUAAGCUCAAAUAUACUUUCUAAGCAUAUUUUUAAGUGGUUAUAUGGGUUGCCUUGGGUAAAGAAUAGCCUUUUUUCAACAAAUUUUUCUCAUAUAAAAAAUGGAAUAUUUUAUUAAAAUUCUUACAAGCACACGCUACUAACACCGAAAUUCUGAAAUUGGGAAAUUCUGGUGACUCUUCAGAAAAAACGGCGCUCGCGUUGGCAGGAUAACUCCUUACUGGAUCAUCUAAAGUCAAAAAAUACAUGUUUUAGUUAAAACCCAAACUCAGAACUUAGACGAAGGAAAACAAAACUGAAAAUUGAAUUUUUGGCAUACAUAUUUACGAAACAAAAUGAAAAUUUCAGGAAAAUUUCGUAACAUUUGUUUUUUUUCAAAUUGUUGACUUAUAUAUACGUGUAUCUCUUCCACACAGUAUGACAUCAAUAAAAUCUUUGAGAACAUGGGAUGGUAUAUUGACGAUCACAUAUUUUACUCCCUAUAAAGCACACAAAUAGUUUGAGGGACGCUGCAGAUUGGACGCUGAAAGUCGAAACGAACAUAAAUACGACUUUAAGCGUCCACUCCGCAGACCCCCUUAUGCACUCAGUAAAAGCAAUCGGUGACAGUGCCUUCAAUGAUAAUCGUAUAAAAUCGCAAUGCCGCAUUUAAUGCGCAAGUAGAAAAAUGAUGUCUCAGCAAUAUCGGUUGUAUAUAGCUAAUUAUAUUUCUGUACAUAUACAUACAUACAAAUAAAAUAUAUACAAGCAACAAGUUUACAUUUUUAGACAAUAAGUGGCGCUUGAUAUAAAAUGCACAGACCCAGCCUAUGCCUUUGCCAGUCGCAUUAGAUCGGCGCAUUGUAACGAUGUUUGAAGUAAAUCUGAAACUAUUUUUGCUGAUUCUAACAGCUUUUAGUUUAGCAAAAGCUUGUCGACUGUUUGUGCAGGAUCCGUGUCCUUUGUUGUCGAAGAAUAUCGGUUCCAAAAAUUUAACAUUUCGAGCGAAGCCAAGCGGACUUGAACUUAGUGAGAACGAAAGUAUAGAAGUUUAUUGUGCGAGCGGCAUAAUCUUUAGUGGCUACAGCGAGGCACGCCAUUUGCGUCAUAAGAAGGCAUUGCUAUCUUGUGGCAAGGAUGGCUACACCUAUGUGAAAGGGCAAAAUAAAUAUGGUCGCCAAUUCACUAUUCAAUGCUCGUCGUCGAUUAGUUUCAACCUUUAUGAGAGUGAAAGGACAUUGGCGAACUGUGAUGAGUUCAAGAGCUAUGCAAUUGGCGAAAAUAUACCGUUAGUUGGUACAGUUAUUAAGUCAGCAAUAUGUUAUGAUCUUGUGAGCUUUGCACUGAAGUAUGCCAACUAUAUAGCUUACCAAAGAAACGAUAUUUGGAUUUCAAGCGCGCCAAACCUUUCGAACGAACUCGGUGUCGAUCUUGCGCAAGCAAUUGGUAAUCUGGAAAACUACUUCGAUUUUAUGAGCCAGUCAAAAUUCAAUAUAUCAAGGGAUGCUAUGCGCCGCGAUUCAAAUCCAUUUUUUAAGGCAUUCGAAUACGACUACGACAGCAUUCUGCAAGAUGAUAAUUUUCGCAAUGAAUUCGAUGAUUUUGCCUAUAUCUUCAAUACGAUGUGGUGGCGACAGCUGCGCGAAAAUAAUUGGCGCUUUUUCCUAAAUGCACUCAAAAAACGUACAUUUUCUGAGAAAUAUAGAGUUUUUGUAGGACCUUAUGGUAAUGCAACAAUGCCAUCGAAGGAGAACCCAGAUGGCAAGCCGGAACAGGUGACUGUACAGUCGAAUGACUUGGCCGUAUCGGCUCCCAAAUAUAUAUGGGCAUAUGUGAAACCACUCAUACCGAAUAGUGCAGAGGAAUUUGUUGUAAUAGGAACCAAUUCUCCCUAUAUAGAGGCGCCAGACCACACGGAGUUCUGUGAAAAGGAUAUUUGUGACGACAUUGCCUGGUUGAAAGAGAGCAGAUUUGGACACUUACGCCGUAUUCCAACACUCGGUUAUACAUUUUGUUGUCGUGUGGAAGAAGUAGCGAAGAUCAUCGAGCAUUUUCCGUUGUCAACCAAAGUCUUGGAAACAACAACUGCCACUGUUCCCUUGCAUACAUUAUCACCUUGAACAACCGCAGCUCUUAUCAAUUUAAUAAUAACAACAUUUGUAGUCUCUGAAAUUUUGCAUUGAAAUAACUUUAUGUAGCUGUUGCAUUUCAAUAAAUAUAAUAUUCAAUAUAUGUAUGUAUGUA